AUGGCUCGCGGUGUCCUGAACGCCGCUAAGGCGGCAUCAAACGUCGUUUCUAUUAACCAGAAAUACACGGUUCAGUCUACUGGUGUCUGGGAACGGAUCCGUCGCCUUUUCGCUAUUGACCCUGAGCGUUCGACCGGUAUCCCCUUGAACUCUCAGUAUCGCCUUCCUACUCCCGGUUCGCUGCCUCCUCUGGCCUACGAUGACCCGGUCACCCUCCCGGCCGGCGACAUUGCCGACAACCCUUACUGGAAGCGGGAUGCCCGAAGGAGCUACCCUCAACUGAGCACUGUGCGCCAGGCAGACGCAGUCGGCCUCCUCACGGUCGGAAGCCAGGCAGCUCCCAAGAAUGACAUCCUGAAGAUUGGAGAGGCUGGCGAGCAGCAAUUGGUUGCUGUCAAGGAGCAGGGUGAAGAGCGGGGCUUGGCUGCUCUAUUUGAGCAAGACAAGAAGAGCAUCCAGGGUGUGUUUGGCACCAAUGGCCUACCUCCCACUCCUUGCAACAUCAACACUGUCCCUCAGAGCUCACAGUCAAAGUACGAGCUUGGCACAGAGAACGGCUACCCCGAAAAAUAUCCCUGCCGCACCUUUGUUUGA